UUAAUUUUAGCCAACAUCCAGGGCUGCGUGUUGCUUCGUGGACCCGACACCGUGGCAGAACUGACUGACCAUCCGGAGUCAAUUUUUCAGACCACCAGGGCGCUCCCGGACGUAUUCCCCUGCCAGAAUGGGAAACCUGCUGCUCUCAGGUCUCUUUAGGACUGAUGCAACCGUGUCUGAACAAGUCACCGGAGGGAAGUUCAUUGUCAAGAGGAUCAGGAAUGGCAUAACUUAUUAUUACGCUCCAUUGCCACAGGCAGGUGAACAGACAUUAUAUCCUGCCAAAGACUCCACCUCCACUAUCUCAUCCUCAUCACCCUCAGCUCUGCCCCUCAGUGACUCCUCCCCUGCAGAUCCGUCCUCCUGUCCAUUGCUCUCUCAUUCACCAUCACACACACCUGCCCCCUGCCAAAACCAAUCAGAUUCUGCCACCGCUUCCCGUCCACUUCUUCUUUUCUUCUCCUGGCUCGGUGCGCAGCCAGGGGCGGUGGCCAAGUACAGGGACCUUUACCUGGACCGUGGAAUGGAUGUCCUCCUGGUCCAGAGCGGUGUAAUGCAUUUCCUGUGGCCUCAAUGGGGGCUUGACUACGGAUUGCAAGUUUUGAAAGUUCUGGAGGAGCCUCAGUUCUCAGGGAGGGCAGUGCUGGUCCAUGCCUCUUCUAUUGGUGGCUACACUUUCACCCAGAUGCUCACACACAUUGCUCAUGGACCGGAAAAAUAUGCAAGUGUGGGCCAGAGGGUGAUAGGACACAUCUAUGACAGCUUGGUGGCUGGCUCUCUGGAGCACAUGGCAGUAGGCCUCGGUAAGACUCUGGUGCCACGUUUAGAGGGCUUCGUCAAAAACACAGCCAUGCUUUACUUCUGGCUCUUCAAAGCCCACACAGCGGACUUCUACGACAGAAGCAUCCAGGUUUUCAACAACAGCCCAAUCACUGCGCCAGCCCUCUUCUUCUUCAGUGAGAAUGAUGCCCUGUGCAACCCAGUAACCAUAGAAAAGACGAUUGACCUCUGGAGGAAGAGAAGCAUGGCUGUGGAGAGCAGGAAGUGGAAGGAGUCGGUACACGCGGCACACAUGCGGUGCCACCCACAAGACUAUAUCUCCACGCUGGAAAAAUUCUUGAAGUCGCUGCCGGUUUUCCCCCCUCAAAACAAAAAUGUCAACUCUUAGCGGAGUCUGUUUACACUGAAUUUUAAACUUGUAAGAAGCUUUAUGAUUUCAAAGAGAAUGCACUUUAAUUACAUUAUCCUGCAGCUGCGAUAUUAUCAACAGCAAAAAUAAUGUAACAGACAUUUUUUUUCCUCUGUCCUUUAAAGCACUCUCAGUUGUUUGACUUUGUUUUGGUUUUAAGCAUAGUUAUAUCUAGUAUUUAAUAAAUUGCUGUGGAGCUUCAUGUUAUGCUUGUUUUACACUUGAAUCUAGAGCCUGUAUCAUGAAGCAACUUCAACUCUGCCUCCCUGAAUUAAAGUAAGGCUAAUGAUAGAUUGUAAUUAGAUGCAGGAAGAGUAUUUUUUUUAUUUUUUGUCUGAUGAUAAACGAAAUGUUAUGAAUAUGUGAUGCACAUAAAAAGUUAAAAGUAAUGUCAGACUGUUUACAAGUACUCGAUACCUGAUAAUAGCAAAACAAUUCUACUGGUCUAUAAGAUUAGAUAUUGCCAUUAAUUAUUUGUCAGUUUACUGUUAACUAUUUUGUGUAUGUGGGAAUCCUCUUGGAAUGAGGACUCAGUUUUUCAGGUUUUAAUCUGUUCCAUGCAGCACAGGUUCGUGAUACCAGAGUGAAACCCAAAGAUAUCUGGAUAAUCCACAGUUGUCGCUUCGUGGUACAGGGCCCUUCUUCCUGCAUAAAAUGCAACAUCAAACCUUUGCACCUUAAAUGCGAAUGGCAUUGUUUCUGUUUUUGCUUUUCUAUUUAUUUCAGCAGAAACCACUAAGGUAUUUAAAAUGCAUACAUCAGAUUUCCUAAGUGUGAUUUUGUUUGUUUGUGAGGGUGAACAGGAGUAACGGAAUAUGAGUGUAAAAGCAUGUACACUCUCAGGAAUCCUGUCGGAAAUUAAAUAAACUGCACGCAAUAUAAAGUGUGUGUGUGUGUGUGAGUGUGAGUGUGAG